UACCAUAAGCCAAGUGAGUUCUUACGUUUUGGUUAUGCUUGGAAUGUACCCUCACUAUCAAGAAAGAGUAGUAAAAGAAAUCGACGCUGUACUGGGAAAAGAAGAUAUAAGAGAAGAUGAUAUAUCAAGAUUAGAAUUUAUGGAGAUGGUCAUAAAGGAAGUGAUGAGACUUUUUCCUAUAGCACCGUUCAUUAUGAGGAAGGCUGUUGCAGAUACCGAAGUUGAGGGAUACACUAUUCCUAAAGGCGCUUCUGUCAUGAUAGCCAUUAGCCUGGAUGCAUAGAGAUCCAGUCCAUUGGGAAAAGCCAGACGAAUUCUACCUGAACAUUUUUAUCCAGAAGCAGUUCAAAA